GAUUUUACUUGUAUCCCUAUCAGAGAGAGAAAAUAUACAGAAGAAAGAAAAGAAAACUUAGAACGAGCUUCGUGGGUGGAGCUUGUUUUCGUUGCGUUUAUUAUUAUUUUUUCUGAUAUUCCCAACACAGAGAAAGGAAGGAAUGGAGAGCGAUUCAGCGAUGGGGGCAUUUCCAUUGCUGACAACGCCCAUCGAGUCCAACUACAGGGCAUGCACCAUUCCUUACAGAUUCCCUUCCGAUAAUCCUCGAAAGGCUACCCCUACUGAAAUUGCCUGGAUCGACCUUUUCCGCAAUUCCAUUCCCUCCUUCAAGAAGAGAGCUGAGAGCGAUACUACCGUGGUUGAUGCUCCAACUAAAGCUGAGAAAUUUGCUCAAAGGUAUGCUGAUAUACUUGAUGACAUAAAGAAAGAUCCAGAAAGCCAUGGCGGGCCACCUGAUUGUAUUCUUCUCUGCCGACUUCGUGAACAGGUUCUUAGAGAACUGGGGUUUAGAGAUAUAUUCAAGAAAGUCAAAGAUGAAGAGAAUACCAAGGCUAUCUCCCUAUUUCCGGAAGUAGUUUGUCUUAAUGAUGAUAUUGAAGAUGGUGGGAAGCGCCUUGAGAAUCUAGUUAGAGGAAUAUUUGCUGGAAACAUAUUCGAUCUUGGUUCUGCACAGCUUGCUGAGGUUUUCUCAAGGGAUGGAAUGUCCUUUUUGGCUAGUUGUCAAAACCUUGUUCCUCGACCUUGGGUCAUUGAUGACUUCGACACUUUUAAAGCAAAAUGGAACAAAAAAUCUUGGAAAAAGGCAAUCAUUUUUGUAGAUAACUCUGGUGCAGAUGUGAUCUUGGGUAUUUUGCCAUUUGCAAGAGAGUUGCUAAAGUGUGGAACCCAGGUUGUGUUGGCAGCUAAUGACUUGCCUUCCAUCAAUGAUGUAACUUAUCCCGAAUUGAUUGAAAUUAUAUCGAAGUUGAAGGAUGAAAGUGGUAAGCUUAUCGGUGUUGAUACUUCAAAUCUUUUGAUUGCCAAUUCUGGUAACGAUUUGCCGGUUAUUGAUCUUACGAGAGUAUCACAAGAGCUCGCCUACCUGGCAAGUGAUGCAGACCUAGUUAUUUUGGAAGGCAUGGGUCGCGGAAUAGAGACUAAUCUUUAUGCUCAGUUCAAGUGUGAUUCACUCAAGAUCGGAAUGGUAAAACAUCCCGAGGUAGCCCAGUUUCUCGGAGGACGGCUAUACGAUUGUGUUUUUAAAUACAAUGAAGUUUUGGGUUGAUAAAAAGUCAUUCAGGACCAUAUAAAAAGUGCCACUCAGGUCAGCUUGGAACAUUAUAAAGCUCUCAAAUUAAUUUAAUAAUGAAAUGUGAAAGCUAGUUGCAUGCCCUUCAUUUUUAUUUCUAUGCAAAAUGCAUGUAAACUAGGGGAUUGGAUGAUGAAGAAACUCAUGCAGGCUUGAGCUACCAUCAUAUUUUUAUUUUUAUUUUUAUAAUCUGAUGAAAUUUGAAUACCUUGAAGGUAGAGUAACAUGUAACAAUUGAUUCAAUUUUCUUUGAACAA